AACAACUUCCAUCAUCCCUGGCAGCAACUGCAGCUCAGGAUGAUGGGAGUUCAGCAGAGGAGGGUCUUUUGAAGCAAGGAGGGAGGCAGGUGGUGCACAGCAGCGCCAACCCAGAGAAGGAACUCCUUCCCCACCCAAACAGAAGAAAUGGCAGUUGGGUGCGACUGCAGAGCUAAGAAGCUCUGACCGGUGAGAUCUCCAUCCAGAAUGAAUGUGCCAAGGGCCCCAAGUACUGGUGCAAGAACCUCAUGACGGCCAUCCAUUGUGGGGCUUUGGACCACUGCAUGCAGGCUGGACGGAUCCGUGCCACCAAUCAGGACACAUGCACAGACUGUGCACAGAUCAUCACCAUCCUCAUUCGCAUGGUCAAGGAGUCCUCCCUGCAGAAAGCCAUCCAGAAUUACCUGAAACAGGAGUGUGCUGCUGUGGUCCCGCAGCCGCUGGAAUCCCGCUGCCAGUCCCUGGUGGACAGCUACUAUGACCUCUUCGUUGCGAGCUUGGAAAAGCAGGUCGAUCCCGGCACCAUCUGCGAAAAACUGGGCCUCUGCCAGCCUUCCCCUCUAGAGCGCCAGAACGUCCUGGAGGUGCUGCUUUCAGAGCUGAAGCAGCUCCUUCAGCUGCUGGAAGGCGACAGGCUGGCCAACAGAGAUCCCCAGGGAGAACCCCGGGUGGAACUGCCCAUCCCGUUGCCGACGUGUUGGAUGUGCACAUUUCUAGUAGGCAGGAUUGAAGCCACCCUCCCCCUGACGACUAUUGCCAAGUCCGUAGCCAAAGUCUGCAACCUCAUGCCAGGCACCAUCUCUGGAAUGUGCCAGUGUCUGAUGGAGAAAUACACCGAGAUCAUCGUGGACGGGCUCAUGAAGAAGCUGGGGCCGCGCCUGAUCUGCGGGCUGAUGAUGAUGUGUGCCACCGCGGAACCCGGCGAUGCAGAGAUUCCCUGGGGACCACAGCACCACGCCCAGGCCGACGAAUGCCAGGCCUGCCUCGCUCUCAGCAGCCAAGCGGAGGCUGCCCUCCAGGCAAACGGCACCCAGGCUGAAGUGGAAGGAGCCUUGCUUGCAGCCUGCCGCAGGAGCCAGCUGGGCUGGCAGGAGUGCCAUCGCUUCAUGGGCCGGCACCAGGCAAAGCUGUCCACGCUGCUCGCCAAGUCUUGGAGCUCCCAGGCUGCGUGCCAGGAACUGGGCGCCUGUGGGGCCGAGGGGCCGUUUCCAGGAGCCACCGCCUGCGCACAGGGCCCGACUUACUGGUGCUCCAGCUUAAGUGCUGCCAGGCAAUGCCAGGCUGUUCAACACUGCCAGGCUCACAUCUGGCUGUAGCCAGACUAGGAGGAACCAGGGGCUUGUGGGAGAAGGCUCAGGUCCUUGCUCUCUGUCUCCAGUCGCUCGGAUUCUCUCUACAGGCUAACCACUGGUGGUGGUGGGACGAUGACUGUUAAGGAUUCCUAUUCACAUGCUCUUAAAU